CACAAACGUAUUGAUAAGACACUCGCUCAAUUUAACCCAAAAUCAAAUACAAUAAAAUGUGCAAAUUAACAAAUUCACAUUAUUCGAUUAAACAACAUCGAAGACGUUAGAGGAAUAAAAAAAUCAUAAAAUCAGAACAAAAACAUAUAAAAGGCGAAAAUUAGUAUAGCAAAAUAGUUAAAGAAAACCCCCAAAAAUAAAAGUUAUAUAAAAGGGAUGGCGACACAAUAGAAGUGAAUAAUAAAAUAUAACAAUAAUAAAAGUAAAAUUGCAAAACAAAAACUGAUGUGGAAGGAGCAGUAAUAGUGGCCCCAUUAUAUGUACUAGUUGAAGGCGAAAGUCAUUGUGCAGUGGAAAGAAAAACGAUUGAUUGAUAAGUAAUUGAAGGAAUUUCAUUAAAUUACUGGGAUUUUUGUUGAUUGAUGGCAUGUGAGUUUUGCUGGACAAAUUAAACAUCAAAGUGGACAGAAAGAGUGGUAUUUUUAAUAAAAUAUUUUUGUUAUUUUUAUUAAAGGUUGAAACAAUUUGUGAUGCAUCUAAAUAAUAUUUAAAUGAAUUAUUAUUCAAUACUUGGCGUCUUUACAUCUGCAUUGUUUUAGUUUUAUUUAUUUUUGCUCACUUUUUUUAUUUUUAAUCAUAUGCAAGCAGCCACUGCGCCAUUCAUUGUACAUUUCCAACAAGUGAUUUUUGUUUGUUGUUAAGUUAUUUUUAACAAAUAAUCAGCCAAAGAGGAAAGAACAAGUUUUUGUGUUAAUUUUUAUUAUACGCCAAUAUCGUCAACGUGAACUUUCGAACAAAAAUAUUUCAUAACCAUGCAAAGUCAAAAACAGACUGCAACGGCUGCAACUGCAACAAUUUCGUCUGCAGCUGAUGCCACAACCAACACAGCAACAACGACAGCAAGUGCAGACAACUCUACCGUUACCCGCAAUCAAAUGCGUCCCGUAAAGUAUGACUAUGCAGAUAGUUUUGCCUGUACGUAUAUUGUGUCGGUUGUGGCAGCAUCAAAUGCUGAAUUAGUUACAUAUCCUUUGGAUCUAACAAAGACGAGAUUACAAAUACAGGGCGAGGGUGCAGCCAGUGUCCAACAUGCAGUUAGUAGCGGCAAAUCAGCAAAGCCACAGGUUCAAUAUCGAGGAAUGUUUGCAACUGCGGUAGGCAUUGCCCGUGAAGAAGGAACACUUAAGUUAUGGCAAGGCGUUACCCCUGCCUUAUACAGACAUAUCGUUUACAGUGGAGUAAGAAUAUGUACUUAUGACUUUAUGCGCAAAGAAAUGGCAAAAAGUGAAAACGGCAUUAAUACGUCUCUACCAUUGUACAAGUCUGCGCUGUGUGGCGUUUUUUCUGGCGGCUUGGCACAAUGGUUGGCCUCACCGGCCGACUUAGUCAAAGUACAAAUACAGAUGGAGGGUAAGCGACGACUCAUGGGUGAAGCACCACGUGUUCAUGGAGCAGCUCAUGCUUUAAAAGAGAUUGUUAGAAGGGGAGGUGUAAAAGGACUGUGGAAGGGUAGCAUACCAAAUGUACAGCGUGCUGCUUUAGUAAAUUUGGGUGAUUUAACAACCUAUGAUACUAUUAAGCAUAUGAUUAUGAAUAAAUUACAUAUGCCAGAUUGUCAUACUGUUCACGUUUUGGCUUCUAUAUGCGCUGGUUUUGUUGCAGCUAUUAUGGGUACUCCCGCUGAUGUUGUAAAAACACGUAUCAUGAAUCAACCUACCGAUGAUAAAGGAAGAGGACUUUUAUACAAAGGCUCAGUGGACUGUUUACGUCAAACCGUAAACAAAGAAGGAUUGGCUGCACUAUACAAAGGUUUCUUGCCCUGUUGGAUUCGAAUGGCUCCAUGGUCUCUAACCUUUUGGUUAUCGUUCGAACAAAUACGCACAAUGUUGGGUGCUUCUAGUUAUUAAAUAUGAGAUGCACAAAAAAUCAAAUAUAAUUCAAAAUUUUUAUGGAAAUUGAUUUUAUACACUAAUCCUAAUGCAAUAUUAUAAUAAUUAUUGUUGUUAUUUGUUGUCAUUGAUAUAGAAUUUUUUUAUUCAACAAAAAGCGAAAAAAAAACAUCAUCCAAACACACACACAUGCAUAUUGUAUAAAGUUUGUUAAAUCUUAUUAAACAUUCUUGUGUAUAUAUUAUGUAAAAUGGUUUUUUUACGAUUUUACGAUUACUUUAUGUUUAACAGUUUUAUGUUUCUUUCUAUAUCUAUUUUUUUAUUUAUAAUUUAAAGUAACUUUGCUUUCCCCUACCUUGAAUUUAGGUUUUUACAGUGCCUGAUCAUUUUUUUUGUAAUAAUAUUCAAUUAAGAUUUUUAUAAAUAUAAACAAAAGAAAAAAAGUAAUAAAUAAAUGUUAAACAUUUGCCUUAUACGGAAAAAAGGAAAA